AUGAGGUUUCGAAAUCAUUCAAUAAGACUCGUUGUGAAUAGUUCUUUUUAGCAUAAUGGACGACGAAAUUGGUGACUUUUGCGUUCUGCAACAACUGCCUUCUAUUGUGAUUCACAAGAUUUUGGGUUUUUUGAGGUUCGUUCAUUGAAAUUGAAGGAAAAAAACAAGAUUUUAGACAAGUUGAAUUGCAAGUUUUGCUAGAAGCUUUUCCUCAGCUGGAAGAUGUUUGUGCCGACGAAUUUCGCACGAUUGAUCGGCAGUUCAAGAAGAAAAAGUAUAUGAAAUGGUGGGUUCUCAUUAUUUAUUGAAUUAUCGAGGGUACUAAAUAAAUAUUAGUUGGUUUUCAGGUAAUUAUGUUUGAAUUUAUUUCUAUAAAGUUUAUCGACCAAGCCUUCGCCUUCUUUUUUUUAAUAUUUUUUCUUUUUCACACGGCUUUACUCAUUUUUUCUUGUUCUGAUGUCUUUUUCAUUAUUUUUUCACUAUCUGAUUUCUGUAAGGACGUUCGAAACGAGUAAAAUGACAGAAAAAAAGAAGAUGAAUUUGCAGAAAUGUUCCUUCUGACAAGGGAGGUAAUUUUACUUUACGGUUGGGAAUUCUCCGAAAGAUGGCCGAAAUACUCUUUGAUAUACCAAAAGAAGAUUCUGAAAGCCCAAACGGCAAAAUUUUCUAGUUUUCGAGAAAAUACACUUUGAUGUCCCUCAAAAUCUAUUGAAAUGAGCUGUUUUGGCGCUUUGAGCGCUCUUAUUUCUCGAAAACAAAGAAUUUUUACAGGUUGAGGUUUUCAGAAUCCUCGUUUGACAAAUCGAGAAGUGUUCUGGUUGACUUUCAGGAAAUUUCCAACCGCAAACUGACGUGACCUUCCUUGUGAGGGUCCUCAGAAAAAUGUUUCGUUCUUUAUAGUGAUACGAAAGAAAUGGCAUAGUCGCGGUUGAAAAAUUUACUCAUCUUCAGUCCACGUUACUCAAUUUUCUAUUAUAUUUCAAGUAAAAACCUUGAAAAAUGUUCCCAGGAACCGCUGUGCGAGCGAAGAUGACCCUCUCGGGAUGUCGGAACGUCAGAAGCACUGUAUGGUUUAUUUCGAGCCCCAGAGAGCGAUUUACUCGUUUGGCGGCGAGUCUCUGAGUGGCGCGAGUACGCCUUUCGAAGAUAUGGAUCGGGAUCAAGCCACUUAUGUCCCAAAUGCUUCAUUCAACGAUUUGUGGAAACUCGAUUUGGUAUGAUUAUUUUUCCUGCAUUUUGAGUUUUUAAAAUUGAUUAUUUAGUUAUUUAUCUCACUCGGAUACAUAUAGCAUGAGGUACAAUUAGUAUUAGAUAUAAAAUUCGCCUUUUUUGUUCUUGUUAUACCUUGUCUAAUAUACUUUCAUAGGUAAAACGGAAAAGUUGCUCUGAGGACCCUCAGGAGGACCUAAAAAGGUUCCGCUAGAAUCUUCUAAAAUGAUGGAAAAAAAAAAACUUCUGAGCACCUUUUUCCAAACCUCAGAGGAUCCUUUUUGAGUCCCUGCAGUCUUUUUAAUUGCUUUUCAGGGUCUUUCCAUUCAAAAAUGUUGAAAGAACGCAAAAUUUCGUUUUUGAAAAGUUUGUUGUUUGGGAACCUUAGAAGACCCUUUCUGAUAAAAUAUUUGAGGAAAUUUUUCAUUUCACCCGAUUUUAAUAAACUUUAAUAAACCAUUUUUAAAGCUAUAUUCCUCUUCAUGAACGUCUUUCAUUUAUCAGUAGAGCACGAUUCAGCGAAAUCUAGAGCCUUUUUUCUAGCUUUUCGAUUCCGAUUAUAAUCGUAAACCUUGAUUUUUGAAUUAUUUAAAAAUUUCUAUUUACACAAAAAAAGUAUUAUAAAAUAUGAAUAUUUUUUUAAAAGCAUUAGGCGAACAGUCUUUACUUUGAUUUUGGCCAAACUUGUUUCUAGCCUUUCUAAAAACUUUCCAAAAACUUUCACUGUUUCAAAAUUUUCAUUAAAAAAACAUUUUUUUGUUUAAAAGUAAUUAAUGUUGACUCUCUUCUGGCUAGAAAGAAUAAUCAAAUUUCAUCAUUUUUUCUCCGUAUUUCAAAAUAAUUUAAAAAGAAGAAACAAACUGAAACAGAAGUUGUUUACAAUUAUUUUAAAAUUUAAAACUUUUUCCAAACUUUGAUUCUCAGGUGUCGAUGCAAUGGAGCAGGGUCAGUUCUCAAGGAAAACCUAUGCCAAAAUGCAAAGCUUCGUUCGUCGCUUGGAAGGUUUGUCAUUGAAAACCACUAUAUUCUGACUUUUUCUAUUGAUUUUUAUUAUAAAUAAUGAAAUGAGCGAAUUUCUUUCUGUCUUUGAAUAACUUCUAUAACGAAAAUAAUAGUUUGAUGUUUUAAUAAAGGAGCUUUUUUUAUUCUUCUUUUCUUUUGCACUCUUGAUAAAACUUUGCUGAAAUGGUCUUAAAGAUCUUUUUAGUUUCAGGAUAAAAAAAUAAAGUUUAAAGAAUAAAAAAAGAAAUAUUUUUUUCCUUGUCUGGUAUAGAUAGGUUUUCGAGAACAAUCCAGCAAAGUUUCUUCAAAGUUCCCACCAGAAUGUUAAAAAAAUGGCAGUCAUCACAACUCCAGAAGGUUCCUGUAAGAUCGAACUCCAUUCAAAGACGUAGUGAUCAAAAAAGCGUUUUUUUUUUUGUAUCUUGUCUUACACAGAGCUGUAUCUAAGCUUUUGCUCAAAUUAUAAUACGUGAACCUUGAUUUUUCUUUCUGGAAAUUGUUUAAAUUUCACUUUCUCACCACGAUUUUCAGGACGAACUCGUCCUCUACGGCGGUUUCCGCCCGGUUCCUUUCCUCUCUUCAAUGAGAUCAAUGACGACCAAUUGUUCUGAAGUUCAUGCUUAUAAUCCGGAAACCAACAAGUGGCGACAGGUUUUUUUUGCUUUUUAUACGAUAGGAAAACUACUUUCUUGCUCCUAAGUGUUAUGAAAUCUGACAGAAACCUUUUUAAUCUUCAAAAUAACGAUGAUUCGAAUUAUUUCACACGAGGGUCCUUACAUAAAGUCAGUUUUUCUCGACUUUAAAAGCAAUUUUGACUAUUUCUCUCUUCUUGAUAGUUUCUAGAUGAUUUUCUAGAUGAUUUUCUCAUUAUUUUUACUUUACAAUUUUUGAAUGAAUGAAGGUAGGAAAAAUCAUGUUUUUGCGUAAGAAUUUCCUCAAGAUCCGGCCUCGAAAUUCACGGCGGAAGUUUCAUCGCGUGCAGGCCAAAAAUGAGUCGAAAUCUUGGGAAAAAUACCGACUUUAAAUAAGUAAAAACUCACCAUUAAGGGAGGAGCUUGAAAAUAGUUUGCCCCAUACUUAGUCAAGUAAAGAUUCUAUAAAAUCGCUUUAUGAGGCCUCAGAAAAAAAUUUUUUUGAAAAUUUUUUUCGAAUACUCUUCUUUUUUUGUUCUUGUUUGUAGUAAUGUGUGACAAUCAGUGAAGGUGGACAUAAUUUUUUUUAUCAUUUUUCAAGAAUUUAUUUUUCAAGUUUAAAAAGCGGAAAAAAAAUAAAGGAUAAAGGAAAAAAAAAACUCGGGAGGAUUGUGGUGGCGACCGUUUUGAAGGGUCUGCCCUUGAAUCCAUUAAAGUUAUCACGGUUCAGAUCCCAACGGUGGAAGGACCAAGCCUCGCGGGCCACACAGCCGUCGUUUCGGGCGAUCUGAUGAUCGUCUACGGAGGCUGGGGCCGACAAACCAUUCUUUCUUCCCUAUCAACUAUCUACGUCCUGAACUUGGUGGAUGGAAAGUGGAGCAGCGUCGUUCUUCAUGCCAAUCCGUGGGUUUCAGUUUGAGGAUCCAUUUUUCAAUACCCAUUAUUUCGUCAAUAGCUUUGGAACAGUAGAGUGACUAUUUUUUAGGAAAUUAUACCCCGAAAAAGAGGAAUAGUUGAUUUACGGCUAGCUUGAGCCAUCGAAAAAAGGGUCCUGACACGAUAAUGCACGAGUGAGCGCCUGGCUCGUGGAGAGCGCAGACAGGACACGCCCCCUUAGCGUCUCAAGCUGGCCGUGAAUAAGCUAUUUCAAUCGAUGUUCUGUUUUUUUUUUUUCAAAUCCUAAAAAAUCAUAAAAAAUAUUCAAAAAAGUUUAUAGGAUUCUUGAGGAAAGAUAAAACCAACUGAGUAGAAAAUUACAGUAUUCCAUCGUUUCGAAAUUAAAUUUUUUAGCUAAAAAUCAAACCAAAACCCAUAGAAAGUCUGUUAUUUAAAAUUAUUUAUAGAGUUUUGAGGAAAAUUAGGUUUAAAAAAAAUUUUCAUGAUGUGGUUCUGAGUGAAUUUAGAAGCUUUUUUAUAAAUUUAAGGAAGUAUUUUUUAAGCUUUCAGGAUAGUUCAACCUUACGAAGUGGCGAAGACCAUGUUGGGACCCGAAGAACCCUACUUUCCAUUGUAAGGACGCCCUUCAAAUUCCAUAAAAAAUCACUGAAAAUGGGAUUCAGAAUGCACGCGAGCAUGUCGCACAUGAUUCUGAUCCGCGACGGAUUGCUCCUGAUAACCGGCGAGAUGACGUCAACGGAUUACGGUAGCGCGGUUCUCGUCGAAUUCAACCCUCUGGAUCUCCAAGGCUCGAAUUGGCGAUGGAAACGGAUUGAUGUUAGUCAGAAUGAGAAUCAGCUCUGUUUUUCUGAAUUUUAAUCAUAAUUAUUAUUUUUAACCUCAAAAAAAAAUCAGCUGUUCCGUUUUGAAUCAUUUGGGUCUCUGAUUUUGGAAGAAAAAACAAGGGUGAGCCACCUAUUUCCGUUUUUUUUGCUGUUUUAGCACGACUGAGGCUCAAAUAGCAAUAAAACCACGGGUUUAAUACGGGUACACCCUCUGAGACACCAGGCCAACAUGAAAGUAGCCUAAUACCAGAAAUUUGAAGGCGACCGGACGCUGGUGGUCGCCCCGGAUGGUCCCAAGCGAGGACGGAACCCUGUACCCCAACGGCGGCUGCAGCCUCCCCAACUACAAAUUCCACGCGGUAGUAGCGAUCCGCAGCGAGAAAACUCUCCGACUAGUCUCCAUGGGUCGAACCAGAGGGAAUUAUCAUGUUCGCAUCAAAGAAUCCUCCUUCAAAUGACUGAAAAUCCGUUUCAGAUCAUGAAAACCAGUCAUACUGAGAUGUACGACGCUUGUCAAAAGCGGUGUAAUGCGUUUUUACGGUUGGUUUUUAAACUGGUGAAAUUUCAUAAGUUUGAGGUUCAAGUCGGAAAAAAACAUUGUAUAUUCAGCUUGAAAUUUUUAGCUUUGUUCUUCUUCAACCAGAAAAUCUGCUAUGGUGAAGUUUUAAUUUUUAGAGUUUUGUGAAUAUUUUUUAAUUCAUCGAGUAUCAAGUUUUCGAGUUUUCAAGAUUCUCAAUUUUUUGGAAAUUCCUAAAAAAGUAUUUUCAGAAAAUAAUCGCGGAUUUUCACAUAGAAAGUAAAAACAGGCGAUAAUCCAAAGUGUAUACAUGAAAGCUUUCGAAAAUGCUAAUUCGUACAGGCGUUAUUUUUGAAGGUAAUUUCGCUCCAUCGCUUCAAUGUCAUUCUUUUUUUCUUCAAAUGUUGCACUUGAACUAGAUUCUUUUCUCUGAACUUGAAGUAUUCUAUUUUAGAAAAAAAACAGUUCGAAAACUUCCUGUUAAGGUUCGCGAAAGAACAUAUCGAUAAGGGUUUUAUCGCACGAAAAGAGGGAGAAAUUGACGAAUCCGAGACGGAUACUGUCAUCGAGUUGGACGGGACGAGAUGUGUCCUGCGAAAUUGUUAUUUGACCCAAGCCGAAGUGAAGCGAGCAACGUGAGAUCUUCCAAAACGAACAAUUUCGAACCAAAGAUCUCUCCAGAGCUCUUCAAAACGGGCAACGGAAACAAAAAGAAUUGUGUUCGAUUAGCCUGGAAUCCUCGCCGGACUCCAAAUAUCCGACGGCGUCUCUAGAUGACGUCGACCUUUGGGAGCUCAAAACGCAUUUGAGUUCGAUGAUCGUGCAAUUUCGUAGGGGACCUGUCAAGAAAUUUAGCUAAAAUUGUAUUUCUAGACGCGAAAAAUUACUCGGUUCGCAGCGGGGGCGGUGACCUGCCUCUUUUUCGACUUCCGAUGAGAAAUCGGUCCUUGAGAAGAUUCUCUCUUUAUGUCGCCGAUAUCGAUUUCGAACCCUCGGAGGAGGAUUUGUUCGAAAAGUUGGAUCGUAUCAAGUGAGUUGAAGGAAAGACAUUUUAGGUUUCUUUAAAAGGAAAAAAAGGAAUCUGCUUAGUUUUGUAGAAAAAUAAGGCUCUCGAGAGUACAUCCUGAGCGUUCAAAAUUUUCAAAAAUUUUUUUCAUUGUCUAUCCAAAAAUUUUCACUUCAUUUUUACCGAUUUUUUUAACAAUGAUGGAGCUAUUUUUUUAAAUACAAAAAAAUUUAAAAAGUCUGAUCAAACAGAAAAAUUUUGAAACUUUUUCUGGAGCAGGAGAUUUUUUUGUGACUCAAAAAUCUCGUGAUUUUUUUGCCGAACCUUAAGAAUUUGAGAAGUAGAAAGAAUAGUGGUUGUUUAUAGCUUUUUAUUUUUCUUUCAUUUUUUUGUUGUUUUCAUAAAUUUCUUCGUUUUGAGAGCUCUAGAAUAAAUAAAGUUGACGAAUCACGAUAUUUUGGGUCUCGAAAAUUUGGUUUUUUGAAAGGAUUUUUCUCGAUAAUUUUAUAAUGUUCACCCCCAAAAUUUCAAGUUCACUCCGACAGCUCCUUCUCCAUGUCAAACACUAAUUUUCCCGACUUGAGAUGGGUAUCGCAACCGGUGCAGUACCGGGCGGCUCCCGAAACGACGGACUACGCCCUCGUCGGCGUCGGCAACGAGGUCGUGAUGCACGGCGGCCGCGUUGUCUUCAACGAGACGUUGAAGAUGAUGGGCCACACUUACCUGCUCACUCAGACGGGCUGGGCGCCCCCUGUGACUGGCCUCAGCUGCUCCAGCUCCUCCUUGUUCUCCUUCCAGAGCACCAGUGACUCCGAGAGCUGA